GAUGAUUUGUAUCAGAAAUUACAUAAUUUUCUAUCCGCUAGUUUCGUAAGUCACUUAUUACAUUUUGUUCAGAAGUAGCUUAGAUGGAAAAAGAAGAGGUCAAACCUUGGAGCGAGGUCAAACUGCAGUAUGUCAACGAUGCAGACCCAUUCAACUUCGUCGACUACAAGCAGCCCUCAUUUUCAAGAGCUCCCAAAUAUGCUUUUCUUAAACAUUAUCCCUUGUCAUCUCAAAUACCAACCAUACAUGCACUACUUAAACCUCCUUUUUCGUCACAAAUAUCGACUCUUCAGUUGUCGCAUAGUGGGAUCUAUUUGGACAUGGAAAUCGCGGUGGAAGAUCAAGCGGAUUUCUUCGAAGCUUUCAGCUCUGCGGCCGGUCACAGCGUAGUCUUACGCACGUCUUUAAUGCACCGCGUCGAGUGCCUUAAACAGAAUCUUUUAAGCUGUGCGGACAGAGAAUUACGACGCUCAUUGUAUCACGUGCAUCGGUUGUUCCAAGAAGACAAAGAUUUGAUUCCGGAAUUCGUCCAAAACGGAGGUCUCGAUUGCCUGGUUGAACUGGGAAAAGUUGAUGACCAGAACCAGCAGAAUUAUGUGCUAAGAGCAAUGGGACAAAUAAUGUUUUUCAUUGAUGGAAUGGAAGGAAUCAUUAAUCAUAAUGAAACGAUACAAUUUCUCUACUCGCUGCUUAGUUCCAAAUACAGAUUCGUUUUAACGACAGUGCUUAAACUGCUUUUUGUUUUUGUCGAGUACCAAGAUUCUAACGUGCAACUCAUGAUACAAGCUGCCAAUAUUGUCGAUCAGAGCAACCAUCAGGUACCUUGGUACAAUCUAAUGAAGGUUCUGGAAACGCAGCCUCACAGUGAUCCGGAUAUACUACUUAACACGUUCAAACUGCUUAACACAAUUCUUUCUUCCAUACCAGACCAGGAUACGUAUUACGACAUCGUGGAUUCUCUGGAAGAACAGGGAAUGGAGCGCCUGAUUCAAAAAUACCAGGCUAAACAGUCUCAAUGUCGAGGUCUCCUGAAGGAACUAAGACAGUAUGAAAUGAUGUUGCGUCAUGAAGAUGCAGGCGAUGAUGACGUGCUGUCGUUUGACAUCAAAGACAUGAAGUCACAUUCUGAUUGGUCAAUUGGAUCUCGAAGGAAAAGUCGCAGAACGUCUGAAUCGGGAUACCUGAAAACAACAGCUCCCUCUCAUUUAGGACUGGCAAGGUCAAUAAAUGUAAGUCCAGAGAAUACGCUAGCUGGUCACUCGAAACGAGAAUACUCGAGCACUGAUAAUAUUCUCUCUGGUUCAAGAGGAAACACUUUGCGAAGAUGGAACAAAAAGAUGAUAAUCACAGACUCGCCUGAAGAUACAAUAAUGGUUCCAAUGAAACUCGCUCAAAAAAUGAAAGAAGAACCGGGUGGUAAAUUGAUCUAUGCACCAAAUGGGCAUAGUUCUCUACCACAUCACCAUCACAAUCAUUCUUCACAUGAUCAGACCAAUUUGGGGUCCGAUUUUGAACUAUGUACAGACCCUAAUUGCAAAGGUGCACCAAUAAAAACCAGUCAUGGUCACAGCCAUGGGACGAAUGCAAGUAAUGAGAUUCUACAAGCCAAAUUGGACCAGUUGUUGAAAGAAAAGCAAGAGAAAAAUGGAUCCAGUUUUGAUUUGCUACAGAAAACUGGAGACAAAAGUCGUAUUUUGAGGGAACGAAAGCACGUGAAUGCAGAGGAUUUAAACAUUCCCAAAGUCGAAGUAUCCUGCGAAGAUUUCACAGAGUACUUAAGUAGUCGGAAAAGACCCACUGGUCUGCGAGAUAAAGAAGGUCUAGAAAACGACACUCGAAAUGACGAAUUCUCUCCAAAAAACUCCGAAGGUCCUUCUGUUCCAAAAAGUAAAGCCAAAAAUGAGCUUUUUGAAAAAUAUUUUGAUAAAGAUCAAGAAGAGCAGGAAAAGAAAAGUCCCAAAGAUGCAACUCCAGGAAGUAAAAUUAGAGGUAAACUAAAAGCUCAGGAGCAGGAGGACGAAGAAAAUGUGAACGAAAGAAAAGCUGAUAAAAAGAAGGAGAUGACAUCCAAAGAUAAAGACACUGUCGAUAAAAAAGAAAAAGACAAAGAUAAGGAGCGACGAAAGACGGUUGAGCUGAAAAAGAGCAAAGAGCAAAAGGAUUCGAAAGAUGACAGUGGAGAUUCCGAUAAAAGCGGAGGCGAAGAUGCCGCGGGUGGGAGAGAUGAUCCAAGUGACCAGGAGGGAACGAGUGCCGGUAAAACGAACAGAAGAACCGGCGGCAAGAAGAGCGGUACCAGAAAAACCACAGAACUCGAGAGCAUAAUUGCAAUAUCGAGGAACAAAGACGGAACCACUGGAACCUCAGUCGACGAUGGCUCCACAGAACCCGUUGAGAUAAACCCAGUGUUGUCGAUCAAAGGUCUGGACUUUACGGAUUUGACAGAAUUCGACGAAUCGGAUGUUUUGUCGGUGAAUCCCGCAGCAAUUUUGGGUAAUGUGACGCCAGGAGGGGUUCCACCGCCUCCGCCUCUUCCAGGAAUGGCUGGGGUACCUCCUCCCCCUCCGCCUCCUCCACCUCCUCCAGGCGCACCUCCUCCGCCUGCGCCACCGGGACUACCAAAUGCCAGUGCCAAGGGACCUGCCAAAAAGAAGACAGUAAGGUUGUACUGGAAAGAACUCAAAAGCAACAAAUCAUCAGUGGAACUGUUCAAAAAACUAGGCAAAAAUUCCACAAUCUGGACUGACAUUCCGAAAGUAGAAGUGAACACUGAAGAGUUAGAAUCACUUUUCGAGUCGAGAGCAACUGAGUUUGCAGCACCGAAAAAACCUAGUAAAGAAGUGAACAUUUUGGACAAAAAGAGAUCAGAUAAGAUAAACAUUGCGUUGACUAAACUACCUCCUCCUAGAACAAUCAAAGCUGCUAUUUUGGCCAUGGACAAUCUAGCAAUCACGAAAGAGGGAAUCGAAUUGAUAAUCAGUGUUGUUCCCACAGACGAAGAACGAAAGUCAAUCACAGAAGCAAAAACGAACAAUCCAGAUCAGACUCUAGGUAACGCCGAGUCCUUUUUGCACCUUUUGUCGACAAUCCCUGACUUGAAGCCAAGGCUGGAUCUUUGGCAUUUCACUUUGGAGUUUGACAUGAUUGUUGAAAAAGAACUGGCGGAACCUUUGAUGGACCUUAAAACUUGCAUUAAUGAGAUAUUAUCCGCGACAACGCUCAAGUACAUUCUAUCAGUUUUGCUAUCAAUGGGUAACUUUCUAAAUUCGUCGACAAGUUCAGGAUUCGAGCUGAAUUUUUUGCCAAAAGUAGCAGAAGUUAAAGAUACAAUCAAAAAGCAGACACUACUUUAUCACGCAUGCAACACAGUGUUGAAAAAUUUUCCAUAUUCGUCUGAUUUAUAUUCGGAAAUUCCGACAGUGAGUCGUGUAGCCAAAACCGAUUUCGACGCUGUCGCAGAAGCGUUGGGUAAGUUAGAAUCCCAAUGCAUCAAUAAUUCUCACAACUUGCGAAUUGUUGCAAAGUACGAAAAUUUGACAACGAAAACGAAAUUGCAAACUUUUCUCGCAACAGUUGCUGAAAGUGUUAUAGUUUUAAAGAUAGUCAAUCGAAGAAUAUUGAACAGAUUUAAGAGAUUGUUACUAUUUCUUGGCUACCGCCCCGAAGUAGCAAAAGAUGUCAAAAUUUCUGAUUUUUGUAAGAUGCUGAGUGAGUUUGCCUUGGAGUACCGUUUAACGCGUGGCAAAAUUAUGGAACAGAAAGAAAAAAUUGAAAAGAAACGCGAACGAAACAAAACUCGGGGUAAAUUAAUAGUAGAUGAAAAAUUGUUAUCGGGAAAUUCAGCUACUAGUCCGUUAAAUAAAACCGACAGCUCGAAAUUGAUGCCUAAUGGCGUAGAACAUGAGGUCGAAUCGCCAUUGGCAGCUCUGGGAAAACGCCAGAGACCUGGAACCAGGAAGUCAGUCGGAACCCCAAACACACCUGCGCAAAGCCAGAUGGUCAACGGAAGUAGUGGCAAAGAAACAGCAGGGGAUGAAAAAGGCGAUGAAAAUGAUUCGAUGGUAGAUACUAUGAUGGAUAUUUUACUGAAAAGUUCGAAUAUUUCACACGCUUCAGGACAGAAUAGGCGUGAAAAAAGAGCCCGCAAGGGUGACCGAAAAUCAGUUAGACGAACACGAAUGGGACUAUCUCAUGAAGACGCCGAGAAAUUAGGCCUGAUGGGAAAAACACCAACUGCCGUGUAAACAACACCAACAACCACAACAACAAACUGCAACAGUCGUAGUUUAUUUAGGUUUAGAUGAUUUAAUCAAUGCGUACAAUUUCAAUGUGGUUGUUGAAUUCUGUAUAUUUAUUCUAUCAGUAGAAAUAGUCUGUCGUUUGCUUGUCUAGCUCAAACUAAUUGCUGCGUCGAACAUCAGGUCUUGUUGAAGAGCCAGCCUGUUUUUUUUUAAAGGCUUUGAAGCCGAUGAUCAGAACUGAGUUCAAGUUCCAGGCCAUAGGAUGGGAGUUCCGAGUCCCUUAUUCUCAUUUCUUAUUGAAUGCAGUCAAAAAAUAUUCUUGUGAUUGUCCAUAAAAAGCAUUUUUAUUUUAUUUUAGCGUCGCGACUGGAGAAGUCACUACGGUCACAUUUCGAAGAAGUCAGACAAUUUUUGAUUCUUUAAUUAGCACAUAGUUGAACUUAUCCGAAAGCUUAUACAGAAUUCGAAAACAUAAUCGAACGUCUUUAGAGGCCUUUUAGAUGCCAAUGAACCUGAAUUGGCUGGUUGUUUUAGGUCAACGUAGUAAUUUGUUUUUCUUGUUUAAUGUAGCCCUCAUAAUUAUCUGCAGUCAACUAUUCUAUAGGCUAGUGCAAGUUGUAUAAACUAAUAUCAUUUAGAACAGCAAAAAUUAACCGGGAAAUGGUAUUUAUUUAGACAGCUCUGUGAAAUCAAGAAAGCCCUUAACAUCCAAGAGCCAUUCAGAUCUUAGUUUAAAGUAUGCAAGUUGUAUUUAAAUUUCUUCACGUCAAAGUCAGAUUUUAUAGGCUCAAAUUAUGAAGAAAUUGAUGAUUGAGAUGAAAAAUGGUAUAUUUUACUAGACAGACUUCUUAAGUCUAGUUAAUCUUCUUAAUCGAACCAAGGGAGAGGAAUAUUUCACACAUUGGCGAUAAAAUAACCAGACCCAUUUAUAAGCGCGCUAUGACAAAUAUGUCUAGCGGCGGUACAUUUCCUACCGUAGAGAAGAGAAAAUAAUUUUGGUACAGCAUGUAAAAACAGCUUUGUAGUUUUCGUCUGUGACUUUAAGAGCAACUCAAAGAGUGUUUCUCGGACUUUGUUCUAAGUAAAGAAAAGUAUUUCCUCGGGCAAAUUUCCCCAGUUUGAAAUAGAUCGAAUUGUUGCUUGAUUCGAAAGGUUGUAGCAGGUUUCAUGUGCAGUAUUGCAGUGAUACAGUAAAAACUGCAAAUUGGAAAGAUUAAAUUUAAUUAAAUUAAAAACGGCUGGCUCUGAGACAAACAACAUGCGUAUUCAAUCCUAAAAAAUGGUGUUAUGAGUUUCUUUUUGAAGAAGUAAUUUGAUGUCAUAUCAUUGAUAACUUUGCCUUGUGAAGUGAACAUUACGGUCACAAAGAGAACUUGCCUUGUUCGUCUGCUAUAAUUUCUCUAAAAAUCUGCGAUGCUCUGUGAAUAAAUUUUCGAUAAAAUUUUGUCCAAUUUGCGAUAUCUGAAUCAAACCAUAAAAAUUGUUUAAUUUGCAAUCCUAUUUCAUAAUAACUUAUAUAAAUGUUUUCAAAUGCGGUGUAAUUCUACCUAAUUGUGUUAAAUAGUGAAGUCAAAGUCGUGCUUUGACCGAGAUUGCUGCAGGAUAAUCUAAAUUGAACAGUGCUCCUUCUAUAAUUUAUUAAACAAUUUCAAAUUUUAACUUCUC